AUGCCACUCACUAUCGAACCCCUCCACCCCACCUUUGCGGCAGAAAUCCAUGGCGUUGACUUCUCUGAGCCACUGACGGAAAAGGUCUUUCAAGAGAUCCAAGCUGCCAUCACGAAGUAUGGAGUACUCGUAUUCCCAGUGACAGGCCUAGACGACGGACGCCACGUCGCCUUCGCCAGCCGCUUCGGCGAACUCGAGCGCCGCAAAGAUACCGGUGCGCCGUCGCGGAUGAGUCUGCCCGAGUUGACGGAUCAGGGUAACGUCGACGCUAACGGCAACGUCAUCAGCUCUGAAGACCCGCGGGCUCAGAUCAGCAAGGGAAACACGCUCUUCCAUGUCGACAGCAGCUUCAACGCCCAAAGAGCAAGCUACUCCAUUCUUCUAGCCCACGAGAUCCCUCCAUUGGUAGCGGGCGGCAACACCGACUUUGCCGAUACGCGUGCGGCGUGGGACGAUCUCCCCGAGGAAUGGAAGCAGGAACUCCUUUCCAAGGAUUAUGUGGCAGGCCAUUCGUUCUGGUAUUCCCGCAAGAAAGCCUGCCCCGACUUUUUCGCAAAGCUAGAGCCGGCCAAGCACCCAAUGAGCAAGCACAAGGUCGCCCAGCUCCAUGAAGCCAGCAAGAGAAUGAACCUGUUUGUACCGUCGCACUGUCACCACAUUGAAGGCCUUGAGGGGGAUGAAGGGAGGGAGAAGCUGGAGUACCUUUACCGACACGCCACGCAAGACAAGUAUGUGGUUUCGGUUCCGUGGAAGCAGGUGGGUGAUUUAGUCAUAUGGGAUAACACUUGUACUCUCCAUCGAGGGACACCGGUCGUCGGAAGCCAUAGGAGGGAUAUGAGGAGGGCGACUGUGUUAGAUGGGAGUCAGGAGGCUUGGGGCCUGAACGAGAAGGUCGAGAGGGACUUUGCGUUUGCGGGUGAAGUCAUGGUUGAUGUAUUUCGAUGUUUGUCUGGUUGA